ACAGAAUCUCUAAUAGAGAAUGGCUUUUUAGUAUAUAGGGCUGAUAUUUGCCAUUAAUCUCGAUCUCUCGUGGGAAAUGUAACUUUGCGUAUUUUGGUUCAGGCAGUAAAGAGACAGCCUACCGCAGGGGGAGUACAUCUACUUAUUUUUCAGGCAGGGACAAAGACAGCCCUAGAGUUCGGAGUGGGAGAAAGAUGGCAGCCUCCUUGUGGCUGAGCUGUAGGGGCGGCAGAAGAAUGAUAAACCUGCUACUAGGCAGGAAUUUAGCGCGAGGGGCUCUUGUUUCACUGCCUCAUGCAGUGGGCUGGAAGUUUCUGCAUAACACCGGGGAGCUCCUAGGUACCCCUGCAGUUAAAAUCCUCAUGCCUGCACUUUCACCCACCAUGGAAGAAGGAAACAUAGUGAAAUGGCUGAAAAAGGAAGGAGAAACUGUGAAUAUUGGAGAUGCGUUGUGUGAAAUUGAAACAGACAAAGCAGUUGUUACCAUGGAGUCGAGUGAUGAUGGCAUCUUGGCGAAAAUAAUGAAGGAAGAAGGAAGCAAAAAUGUACGUCUAGGCAUAAUCAUUGGCUUACUGGUAGAAGAGGGAGAAGACUGGAAGCAAGUUGAAAUUCCAAGUGACAUGGCUGAUGCACCUUCUUUGUCUCCGGCAGCAGCAGCCCCUUCUCCUGCCGUUGUGUCUCCUGUGCCUAAAAAAAUAGAACCUGGAAAACUACACUUUCGCUUAAGCCCUGCAGCCCGCAAUAUUCUGGAGACACAUGGACUUGAUGCAAGCCACUGUACUCCUUCAGGCCCUCGAGGAAUCUUCACUAAAGAGGAUGCUCUCAAGCUUCUUGAUAAAAAACAGAAGGGGAAAUCCAUUGCAGCAAGGCCAGUGGUUUCAUCACUCCCUGCACAGCCUUCAGCCUCACCAUUAGCAAGCAUGCCUCGUCCUGCCAUUCCUCCAGUUUCUGUGCUAGGACAACGUGCUUCCAUGGGUGCAUUCACUGAAGUCCCUGCUAGCAACGUUAGAAGAGUUAUUGCUAAGAAAUUAGCAGAAUCGAAAACUACUAUACCUCAUGCAUAUGCUACUGCUGACUGUGACCUUGGUGCUGUUUUGAAACUUAGGCAAGAGUUCGCAAAAGAUAACAUUCAAGUAUCAGUAAAUGACUUCAUUAUCAAAGCAACAGCAUCUACCCUUAAACAAAUGCCAGAUGUGAAUGUGAUCUGGGAUGGAGAGGGCCCCCAGCAGCUGCAAUCUAUAGACAUCUCAAUUACUGUGGCAACAGACCAAGGUUUCAUUACACCAAUUAUAAAAGAUGCUGCAACCAAGGGAGUUCAGGAAAUUGCUGCUUCUUCGAAGGCUCUAGCAAAGAAAGCAAGAGAUGGGAAAUUGCUACCAGAAGAAUACCAAGGAGGAUCUUUCAGCAUUUCAGAUCUUAGCAUGUUCGGCAUAAGCAGCUUCAUUGGUUUUAUAAGCCCUCCUCAAGCUUGUUUCUUAGCCAUGGGACGAAUUCGAAUGGAACUUGGGAUUGUGGUGGAUGAAGAAGGGAAUGAGAGACUUCAGCAGCACCAACUCAUGGCAGUGACUCUGUCAAGCGAUGGGCGAAUGGUGGACGAUGAACUUGCUUCAAAAUUUCUGGGAAGACUUAAAGCUAACUUGGAAAAUCCAGUCCAUCUUACUUUGUAUUGAAAAAAUGACAUAUUAGUGGUCUUCUUAGCAAAAAUAUGGAAACUGAGUAACAAAAGGAAACCAAGUACAAAAAUAGGAAGAUAAAAACUCAGCGUAAGAUGAACAAUUAUUUAUUUAUUUGAAUUAACUUGAAACAAUUCUUUAAAAAUCCAAGAUUGUUUCCUUGGUUUUUGUAUAGUGAUAUAUUGUUAAACAUACUUAAUCAAACUUGCAAGAGUAAUCGCACAGUGUGCUUUAAUGCAUAAGAUGGUUGUUCAGUUACUUGAAGGUAUAUAUGAAAAGUAAUAUCUAGUCUGUAUUGUUGAUGCAGUUGUUUCAGUUGAAAAUAGUUCUGUUAGAAGAUGAACUGUUUUAUCAACUUUGCUAGAAAGUCCAUAUGAGUUUUCCAUAUGCUGUAGAUGUAUUGGAUAACAGUAAACAGGAAAUAAAAAUUAGAAUGCUUACUGAA